AUGAAGCCUUCAUGUUAUUCUGCAAAGCCACAGAAUUGUCUGCUAACACUUCAAAAGUCUCAAAUAUACUUUAGAGGUGUUAGUGAAGAGAACAAGUUAAAGAUUCUUGACUUAGUUAAAAUUGAAGAAGGCUGUUUUCCUCUUAAAUACUUGGGAGUCAACCUGCGUCCUACCAAAUGGAAAGCUUCAGAUUGUGGAGUGAUUUUGGACAAGCUUAACAAGAAUCUCAACUGUUGGGCUAAUAAGAGUUGUCGUGAUUUCCUUUGGAGAAUUAACGGGAAUAGAAGUAAGCUUCACCGAGCCUCUUGGAAAAAGGUUUGCCUUCCCAAAAAGCUUGGUGGAGUUAGGUUCCGAGAAGGUAAAAAGUGGAACAAGGCUCUAAUGGCGAAGUUCCUGCGGACCCUUGCUAACAAACAAGGUGGAAAUUUUCAUGAAAAAAAGUUUUAUACCUUGCAGGUGGAGGAGACAAAAGCAGAAUAUGCAGGUGCUGUUUGA